CGCACUGAGGCGGGGGGAGGCGGCUCUGUUGCUGGGAUCUGGGCACAGGAGGAGGCGGGGUGGUGACCGCCGAAGUUGUGGUGCCUCCCUCCCUCCUCCCCCUCCCGGGCAGCUGCGCGCGGGGUGAAUUGGGAGGAUUCUCUCUGACUCGCUGGUUGUCUCGGGCCCGCCGCCGUGUCUGUUAUUUUGAGGGGCCUGCAGUUAAGGUGGUGUCGGUCGCGCGCGCGCUCCGUCCUCCUGAAUUCGGCUGAGCCGUGUCGGGCGGUGUUGUCAGUCGGAACCUGGAGGCUUAAGAAGCUUAUCACUGCUGCCUAAAAUCAGAGGAAAAGAAUCUGAGAAGAGAGGAAAGAUUGGCUGUGAUUGCAUGAUAUUUUCUUGCUGUCUAUUUCUUUUCAUCAUAGCUGGCAAUGCAUAAGAAGAAUUGCUUGACAUUAUAAUGGAUCUGAAGUGGUACCAUCAAGAAAACAGGCCUUACAAUAAAGUUUAUGUCUGAGAAGUGACAAAACGUAUCACGUGCAACAAUGACAACCUCUCAUAUGAAUGGCCAUGUAACAGAAGACUCUGACAGUGAAACAAAAAAUGUGGAUCUUGCACCUCUUGAGGAGCCUCCAAAGCACAGAGAGAUGGCUGUUGAUUGCCCUGGUGAUUUGGGCACCAGGAUGAUGCCACUACGGAGAAGUGCUCAACUUGAGCGGAUUCGACAGCAGCAAGAGGACCUGAGGAGAAGACGAGAAGAAGAAGGAAAGAAGCAGGAACUUGACCUUAAUUCUUCUAUGCGACUCAAGAAGCUGGCUCAAAUUCCUCCCAAAACUGGGAUAGACAACCCCAUGUUUGACACGGGAGAAGGGGUUAUUCUGGAGAGCCCACAUUGUGCUGUGAAAAUCCUAGAGGUUGAUGAGCUGCUAUCUUCUCUUAAGCAUGUCCAGCACACUUUGGUAGAUCCCCAAAGUCAAGAGGAAAUUGCUCUAAUAUUACAGCUUGUCCAAAACACUGAAUUCCAAAAUGCAUUUAAGAUACACAAUGCUGUUACAAUGCAUAUGAGCAAAGCCAGCCCUCCAUAUCCUCUUAUCUCCAAUGCACAAGAGCUCUCACAAGAGGUACAGAAUAUUUUGAAACCAAGUCAUCAGAAAGAUGGGUUAGAACUUAAUUCUUUAUUGAAUGCUCCUCAUAUCCAGGCACUACUUUUGGCUCAUGAUAAAGUUGCUGAGCAGGAAAUGCAACCCGAGCCAGUGACGGAUGAAAAGAUUUAUGAGAAUGUUGGUCUAUAUGGAGGAGAGACAGUUAAAAUAGUUCGCAUUGAGAAGGCUAGGGAUAUUCCAUUGGGCGCUACAGUACGUAAUGAAAUGGAUUCAGUCAUCAUUAGUCGGAUAGUAAAGGGAGGUGCUGCAGAGAAGAGUGGGCUAUUGCAUGAAGGCGAUGAAGUUCUAGAGAUUAAUGGAAUUGAAAUUCGUGGGAAAGAUGUUAAUGAAGUUUUUGACUUACUGGCGGACAUGCAUGGCACUCUGACGUUUGUGCUGAUUCCCAGUCAGCAAAGUAAACCACCACCUGCUAAGGAGACAGUGAUCCACGUGAAAGCUCACUUUGACUAUGAUCCAUCUGAUGACCCCUAUGUCCCUUGCAGAGAGUUAGGCCUAUCGUUUCAAAAGGGAGAUAUACUACAUGUGAUCAGCCAAGAAGAUCCAAAUUGGUGGCAGGCCUACCGAGAUGGGGAUGAAGAAAAUCAGCCUUUGGCAGGCCUUAUUCCAGGAAAAAGUUUUCAGCAGCAAAGAGAAGCUAUGAAGCAAACAAUAGAAGAAGACAAGGAGCCAGAAAAAUCGGGGAAACUUUGGUGUGCAAAGAAAAAUAAAAAGAAACGGAAAAAAGUGUUGUAUAACGCAAAUAAAAAUGAUGAUUACGACAAUGAGGAGAUCUUAACUUAUGAGGAAAUGUCACUUUAUCACCAACCGGCAAAUAGAAAACGACCUAUUGUCCUGAUUGGUCCACAGAACUGUGGUCAAAAUGAACUGCGGCAAAGGCUGAUGAAUACUGAAGUUGACAGAUUUGCUUCUGCGGUUCCUCACACAACACGAAAUAGAAGAGACAAUGAAGUAGCUGGCAGAGAUUAUCACUUUGUGUCACGGCAAGUAUUUGAUGCUGAUAUAGCAGCAGGGAAGUUUAUUGAGCAUGGUGAAUUUGAGAAGAAUCUAUAUGGCACCAGCAUAGAUUCUGUCCGGCAAGUGAUCAAUUCUGGAAAGAUAUGUCUCUUAAAUCUUCAUACACAGUCACUCAAGAGCCUACGCAAUUCAGACUUGAAACCAUAUAUUAUUUUCAUCGCACCACCUUCGCAAGAGAGGCUUCGUGCAUUACUGGCCAAAGAGGGCAAAAAUCCAAAGCCAGAAGAACUACGAGAAAUUAUUGAAAAAACUAGAGAGAUGGAACAAAACAAUGGUCAUUACUUUGAUACAGCCAUUGUCAAUUCUGAUAUUGAUAAAGCAUAUCAAGAGUUACUUCGUCUUAUUAACAAACUUGACACAGAACCUCAGUGGGUUCCAUCCUCCUGGCUACGGUGAAAGUGAACAAUUCCAAGGGGAAAAAGAACUUUGCCAAUAGAUGACCAUCCUUGAUAUUAGAUGGCAGGUUAAGCUCUAUUUCGCUGUGUGCCCAAUUGAUGUACUUGGAAAAAUAAAUCAUGCAACCUGACACAAUUCCAGUUUUAAAAAUAGGUUUCCACUAUCUUUUUUUUAACCGUAGAUGUAUAUUCUGAACAAGCCACUACAUUUUUAAUCAUUUGAAUAGCCUUUCAAGCAGCUGCUUCAAAUUUGGAUUAUCUGUUGGAUUGUUUUUCUUAAAGCAAGUUGAUGUAUACAAUCUCUGAUUGUUAUAAAUAUUGGUGAUUGUUUAACACUGCUAACUUAAUUAUCUUGUGGACAUGAUGGUUUGUAAACAUACUUUUACAGAAUGUUGUUCAGUGGAAUGAAUCUACAAGGGGAAUUGAUAAGUUAAUCUGCAAAUUCUCUCAAUUGUGUAAAGGGGCCACUGUGAUCUGGACUUGCCCAGUUAGGCUUGAAUCUGUUGCUAGUGAUAAACAUUCCAUUAUUUAAUAGCACUGCAAUUUUGAGAAAUUUGUACAAUGUAAAUAUUUCAAACUUCUUUGUUUAGUUACUUUGUAUAUCAGAUUUGAACCUAAAUCCCAUGGAAGGUGAAUUAUAUAUAUGUAUGUAUGUAAAAGUUGAUAUUUUAGAUGUGAUAUUUUUAUGGAAUUUGGUUCCCUUUUGCCUAUAUCAGUUGAUUAGGAGCCACUGUUAUCCUGUGGCACUGUAGAAACAUUUAGACGGGGAAGGUUAUAUUUUUAUGAAAAUAGACAUUCUUAUAUGGAUUUUUUUAAAGGCUUUGCUUCCUUUAAAAUGUAAAAUUGUCUUUUAUAACAAAGAAAACAGACUUUGGAAUGGUGAACAUAUUAGAAUAUUUUCUUGUAUUUUUAUACCUAAGCCCAAGAUGUCUCAUGGCUGUUAGUCUAGUUAGAUUAACUGGCAUUAAUAAUAUUUAAAUAACCAAGGUAUUGCCCUGGAUUUAACUGAUAUUGCUGUAAAACAAAAUGAGUAGUCAAGAGAAUGUGAGCACUGCUAAAUUAGAAACUUGGCAUGUUCUCUUCUCUCGGACCAACAGAUCCCUAAUGUGCAAUUGAAAAUACCUAUGAAGAUUCAAAAUAUCACGGCUAUUGAAUUUAUGAAGCUUCUCCAAUUAUAGCUGCCUUUUGUAAUGGAUUAGGGUUUCUCCCUUUUUUGUGGCAUCCUUGAAUGUGAAUAUUAACAGGCUCCUUUGUUCUCAGUCAUAGCUUUUAUUUUUAUAUACUGUCAUACACUGGAAUUACUUUCAAAUAUAGUUGAAUAUAACUAAUAGUGAAGAAUUAGCUACCUUUCCAUGUUCUUUCAUCUUUUACCCUAAAAGAUUCAACAGCCAAGAUCUAUAUCUUCUUGUGUUUGUAGUCAGAUAUAGCAUACAUUAGCAUAUGAAGGAUGUGUGUGGAAAAAGCUGCUUCAGGUUAAAAACUGAAUGUCUCCACUGAAGUGUUAUGAUCCUUCCCUGGAAUGGAAAAAAGUGAAAUUUGAAAACAUCCAGUAGCUCCUGUCCAGAUCAUACACAAAUGGUCUUGAAGUGUAGCACAUAUGGUGUAAUCACUUCACUUCCAUCCAAAAAAGCCUUUGGGUAAGAGAGAAAUAAUAUAGAAUAAGCUUGAUGGUCUUGUAAAAUCUGAAAGUAAUGAUUUGUCCCAAUUUUUCCUAGAAUGCAAGACACAAAGAUUAAUUUAUUGGUGUUUCUUCCUUUUGAUUUGGUAUAAUUCUAGUCACCAAAACUCAGACAUUCUGGGCCAGUAUAGAUGCAAUAUUUUCCCAUCACUUAACCAUGGUUAAAGGAUCAAGAAUGGUCUGUGAGAUCACACAGUCCCUUUCUCUCUCAUUUAAAAUUGUGCACAUACCUGCCUUAUCCAUGGUUUCUCAUUAUUCCUAUGCUGCUAGUAACCAUUGCCAAGCUUGUACUUUGGCAUUAAAUCAGGGGUUUGGAAUGGCCUAGGUUACGAACUGCCCUGGCUAGCAUGAAGAGUGUUCAUGUAGACAUGAAGAAUCCAUGAAUAAAGGUGGUGGAAUUUACACACACAAGUGGGACUGCGGUGGGUGGAAGCGUGCAAUGCCAUAACGUGUUGACCAUGGUUAAGGGAUACAAAGUGUUACAUCUGCAUCAUUCUGUGGAUUACACAAAUGUAUGUAUUGGUUGUCGUCCUGUAAUAGGUAUGGUGCUGAUGCCCAUGUGGUAUAAUUAUCCUUUAUAGCAGGGGUGGCCAACCUGAGGUUCUAGCUAUUAGACUACAGUGCCUAUCAUCCUCAGCCACAAUGGCCUAUAGCUAGGGCUUAUGGCAGUUGUAGUCUUAGCUGGAGGGCCUUAAGUUAGCCAUCCCUGCUUUACAGCCAUGUGAAACAAUUCUCAAACCUUUACCAGUAUCUUAUUUUUAAAUGUGAAUUAUUGCCGUUACAGUGAAGCCUGAUGUAACCCAUAAUGAGCUCUAGAACAGUAGAUGAAAUACUGCAGUUAGCAUACCACACCAACAGUGUUCUCCUGUGUGUUAAGCAAUAAAUCUCUUAUUGUACCCUUUUAAAUUCCUGAGAUAGUUAAGAAACUUUGUCUUCUGAAUGGAGAAAGUAUCCUAUGUUAAGUGUUCCUGCCACUUACCAAUUAACUGUGGUAGUGGCCUAAAUGGUCUUUGAGCUCUGGUUAGAUAAAUGCAACCAUAGUAAACAAGUAACACCAUAGUUACACCAUCGUUUUUUUAAAAAAAUCAACCAAUAAACUGAAUUGAAACUGGUCAAUCAUUGGGGAAGGAUGUUCUGUCUUAUGAAAGCAAAGUCUGCUUUUUUGUUUUGAAUGAAAAGAGAAUCAGAAAUUUGUUCCAAAGCAUACAAUAUCUCACAUUAUAAAGAACUUUGCCAUGAGCUAAAUAAGAACUGUAAUACUAGGUUUCCUCUAGGCUAAUUAGACAAAACAUUCCCUUAGUUGAGUGGAAGGUACCCCCUGUUGACAUGCCAUGAAUAUAAUCAUGUGUACUUAGAUGAAGAGUGAGGGGGUGACUUCACACCGUUUAAAGUAACUCUGCAUACAAUUAUGGAUAGCCUCAAAUUGUAACUUAGUAUCAUGUACCUGCACUCUAUUUUGAGAUGUUAUGAACUGCACACUAAUGUAAAAAUGUAAAAUUAUAUUUUUAGUUUUCAAAUAAAUCACUAAGUUUCUAUUACUUAAUGUA